AUGUCUGCAAAUCCUACUUGCGCUGAUUGUGGUAUGGAGAAUCCGGAUUGGGUUUCACUCAACUUGGGUGUCAUGAUUUGUAUUGAAUGCAGCGCUGUCCAUCGCUCUUUGGGUGUCCACGUUAGCAAGGUCCGCUCUCUUCGUCUAGACUCAAUC